AGAGCGGCGCCACCCCCCUCCCGGGAACUGAUUACAUUGCACCUAUCCUAAUAUAUCACGUGUAUGUAUAAUAAUACACAGUCCUGAUUGUUCCUCACGUGCACGCACUCUGCAUUAUUAUUGUAGGAAGUUACUUCGUGCUGUCGUCCGGCGAUUUGUAUUGCCGCCUUGCAAAAAUAUUACGAAAAUGUGAAUAGACUGACAUUUGGCGGACAGACUCCCUGAAAAUUUGCAAGUAUUCUGAAACUCUAUAAUACCAUAAAAAUGGCAGCAAAAUACACUUUGAUCAUGGUGAGGCACGGAGAGAGUGAAUGGAAUCAACAGAAUUUGUUUUGUGGGUGGUACGAUUCCCUUUUAAGUGAAAAAGGUGAACAAGAGGCUAAAGCAGCAGCUGAAGCUCUGGCAAAUUCAGGUCUUACAAUUGAUGUUGCUCAUACUUCGGUUUUGACACGUGCCAAUAAGACGCUGGAAAGUAUACUUCAAGGAAUUGGUAAGCCAGAUUUGGAAGUAAAGAAGACCUGGCGACUAAAUGAAAGACAUUAUGGGGGCCUUACUGGAAUGAACAAAUCCGAAACUGCUGAGAAAUAUGGAGAAGAACAAGUUAAAAUUUGGCGAAGAAGUUUUGAUGUUCCACCUCCACCCAUGGAACCUGAUCAUCCGUACUACAAUGAAAUCGUGAAUGACCCCCGAUAUGCCGAUGGUCCUUCAAAAGAAGAAUUCCCUAUGUUUGAAUCCCUGAAACUAACUAUUGAUCGUACUCUUCCUUAUUGGAAAGAGCAUAUAAUCCCAGACUUGUUGGCCGGGAAAACUGUUAUUAUUGCUGCACAUGGGAACAGUUUAAGAGGAAUUGUAAAACAUUUGGAUAGAAUGUCAGAUGAAGAAAUUAUGGGUCUAAAUUUACCGACAGGCAUCCCAUUUGUAUAUGAACUAGAUGCUUGUAUGCAUCCUGUUGCACCAAUGCGAUUUUUGGGUGAUGAGGAAACUGUGAAGAAAGCUAUGGAAGAAGUUGCUAACCAAGGAAAGAAAAAGUGAGUGAGAAGGAAAGAAGUGAAGGUUGUAGAAACACUACUAAGUCUUUAUUGUGAUUUGCUGUACCAAAUUUGCUGUACCAAUGAAUCUACUUGCAGUUGAAUCAUUGUAAUAAUUGUACAUACAAUAUGACAAUACUCUCAAAAUAAAAUAAUAAUAAUGAUAAUGUACUUUGCAUAAUGAUUCUUUAAUUGUAUGAUUCACAAAGGGAACAUAGAAAAAUUAAUAUACUGAAAAUACUGAAUUGAAAUAAAAGUCCUUGUUCUGUUCUCAA